GCGGCCACCUUUUUACAUAGAAAAAUAGCUUGAUUUUCAUUUCUAAAAUGAGCAAGCUUUUAUUUUUCCCUCUCCCACCUCCCUUGCACCCCUCCCCCAAUACCAAAUCAUUUCACGGAGAGGUAGCCAAACAACACGCAUCUGAUCCAUGUGUGGGAGUUUAUCCACCAUUGGUGAGGGGAGGAGGUGGAAGUUUAUGAUCCAUUCACGCGCUUGACUCUGACCAGUACUCGGGUCCCCCCUUUUCCCAUCCGCUUGCCCCAGAGUGUCCCACCGUUCACCCAACCGAAACCUAUUAAAUUGCUGCUCCGUUACAUGCGGUCGUCAUCCAGGUUUCUUGUCGGGAAGUGUUACCUUCAAGACUGAGAUUAAGAGGCUGAUCUACAUUCACAUAGGCCUUUGGCUCCUGUUGGCAGCCCAGAUGUGUGUGGGGCAUCUGAAGCUCCUGUCCUAUGAUCAAGUUGCCAUGCCCUACCAGUGGGAAUACCCUUACCUGCUGAGCAUUGUGCCCUCUGGCUUUGGCCUGCUCUCAUUCCCCCGAAACAACAUAAGCUACUUGGUGCUCUCCAUGAUCAGCACGGGGCUCUUCUCCAUUGCCCCUCUCAUCUAUGGCACCAUGGAGAUGUUUCCUGCUGCCCAGCAGCUCUACCUCCACGGCAAAGCCUACCGGGUCAUUUUUGGCAUCUCUGCUGUCUCCAUCAUGUACCUGGUGCUGGUGGUAGCUGUCCAGGUGCAUGGCUGGCAGCUCUACUACAGUAAGAAACUCCUGGACUCUUGGUUCACCAGUACACAGGAGAAGAAGCGUAAAUGAAGCUUGACACAUGGACUCUGGGCUGUAAUGGGAGAGGGCAUGGGGUUGGGGGUGGGGGAGGGGAGACUGGGUCUCAAAUUUAGAGGAAGGGGAGGGUACUGGGACUACUUGUGAAAUAGUCUUCAAGCCACUGGCCUAAGAAGGUUGGCAGCAGGUGCACACUAGGCUGUGUCUACAGAAAACACUUCCUACCUCCCUCACUUUGUUUGAAAGCCACUGUGAUGUAGGACUCUUGGAGUUGGAAGGGGCUUCCUCUGGCCAGGAUUGGAUGAUCUAAUGCUAUGGCUUGAACUGCUGAAGUUUUGACCCUUCAGAAUGAAUGUCCUCUUCAUCUCCUAUUUACCAUCUCUUUUACUCUUUCCUUCCAUCCCUUCAACCUCUUUCCUACAGCCAUGAAGACAAACAGAGACCAAGCAGAAGCUGGUAAUGAAUCAGGUUCCAUACUUUCUAGCAAGAAAAUAUCGUUAGGUUGUGUUCUCUGAUGCCAAGAAUCAUGACUCAAAAAGAAACUCAAUAAAACUCACCUAUGCCCCGA